AUGUAUACUGUACAUUUGGAAGUCUACGCUGGGAAACAACCUGAAGGCCCUUUCAAACUAUCCCCAUCAGCAGAUGAUGUUACAACUAGAAUGUGUGAGCCAAUUACAGGGACUAACCGCAACGUUACUAUGGAUAACUGGUUUACCUCAAUCGCUGUAGCAGAGAAGUUUUUAGCUGAGAAGAAUUUGACUCUAGUUGGGACAAUGAGAUCGAAUAGAGUGGGUAUACCUAAUGAGCUCAAACCAAACAGAAACCGUGAGGUGCACUCAUCCCUGUUUGCACAUCAUAAAGAAAAGACUCUUGUGUCAUACUGCCCCAAGAAAAACAAGGCAGUUAUUUUGCUUAGUACAAUGCAUUCUGACCAGAGAAUAGAUCCAGAGAGUGGUGAGUCUCGUAAGCCAGAAAUCGUUUCUUUUUACAAUAAGACAAAAGUGGGUGUUGAUUCAGUGGAUCAGAUGUGUUGUAAAUAUGAUGUCUCAAGAAACACCAAACGCUGGCCAAUGGUCCUAUUCUAUGACCUCGUGAACAUAUCUGCAAUAAAUGCUUCACGUAUCUAUAUGUUCAACAAUGCCCAAGAUAAAAUGACUAGGAGAAAAUUCCUUGAAAGCCUUGCUUGGGAGCUUAUUCAUCCACAGAUAAGGAAGCGUAUUGAAUCUCUGGCCCUUCCCACUGAUAUGAAGACUAGAGCACGGAAAAUCCUGGGGAUUGAAGAACCUCAACGUCAACCUGUUCCCAAAAAUGACAAGGUCGGUCGAUGCUUACUGUGCGGGCGGGCACGUGACAGAUCUACCCGGAAGUGCUGCGACUUGUGUGGCCACAAGGUGUGUCAAGAACAUUCCCAAAUUGUAUGCAUUACUUGUCUCGGCCAUCAGUAA